GCCACACAACAAGCGACGCUGUCAGGCAUGCUGUAGACAGGCUAGAGGUGAAUUUACAGAGACCGGAGAUAAACUGAUGGUAAAGCUGCUGCAGGAAGACUUACCUCUGAUUUGUGUUGAAACGAGUGUUGCGGGAGCAUGUGGAGCCGCCUCGUCCUCCAGGCUCUGCUCGGCCAGCCUGCCGCCAGGAGCUUCUCUCUGACUGCUGCUCAGAACACAGUCGUGGUGGAGCGAUGGUGGCAAGUGCCCUUAUCCAAAGUAGGGAGUCCACCGAGGCUUCACCCUCGAAGACACAGAAUCUACAAGCUGGUCGAGGAUACCAAGCAUGCUCCUAAGGAGAAGAUGGAGCUCAUCCUGACUCAGACGGUACCAAAGCUCGGCGGGCGAGGAGACACCGUGUUUGUAAGAAAGUCUGUUGGACGAAACAAGCUGCUGCCUCAAGGCCUCGCAGUGUAUCCAUCACCAGAGAACAAACAGAUGUUUGCAGAAGAGCUACGUCUUUUGCGUGAGGGGAAAGCAGGAGACAGAAUCCAAACCCGCACAGGACAACUGACUGUGGAGCUCCUGAAAUGCUCCAAGCUAAAGAUAAACAGAAUGCCCUCCGAGGAGUUUCAGCUCAAUAAAGAAGUAGUCUGCAGACAGUUUGCUAAGAAGUUGGGGAUAGUGGUGCCACCUCAUGCACUGAGUCUUCCAUUUGAACCUAUUAAGGAUGUAGGUGACUACUGGUGCGAUGUCAUGGUUAAUGGCUUGGACACUGUUCGCGUUCCCAUAUCUCUGUUCCCAUACCAGGAUCCGUCUGCAAGCUCUCAGCGGCAGUUGAAAGCCCAAAAGCGGCAGCAGGCAGCUGCAGCUGAUUCAGAAGCUGCUGAUGAGGAGGGCGCCGUUUUAAAGGCAGUUUCUGACGCAGGGGCCGAGGCCGAGGCUGGUGAAGAGCCUGCAGGAUCCACUGCCGCAGCUACACAGACAACGGCAGACACAACAGCACCACCAAGUGGAAGCCUGAAAAAAGAUUAAAGGACUCAAAAUGUGGAUGAUGUUUGGCUGUAAUGCACAUGUGUGCGUAGCAACAGCUGUCUGUGUGUCUAUUAAAAUUGCUCAGAGUGUCACAUUCUGAUUAUUUUGAACAGUGUUAAAAUAGCCGUCCAUCUUGUACUGCUUAUCUGGGUUAUCCUGGUUAUCGGGGCAGCAGUCAGAUACCAACACUCCUCCCUCUCCCCAUCCACUUCCCCGGGACACUGAGGGGUUCCCAAACCAGCUAGAGGCAUAAUCUCUCUCCAGUGUGUCCUAUGUCUGACACAGGGUCGCCUCCUGCCCAGGAGGAAGUAUACUGGCAGUGUGGAGGUGUAGCAUCUCCACUAUCGAGUCCUCCCGAAUGACCAGGCUCCAUCUAAGGGAGAGUCGACACACUUUAAAACAAUAUUUAUAGCAGUUUUUAAAAUCAGUUUUCAGGAUGAGAAUAAAUAACACAAAACUGGUAAAGAGCCAUCAGGA